AUGUUUUUUGCGACGAUUCAGACGACCAACACGACCACCACCAACGGGGCUUUGACAACUUCGGUGGUUUUGACGAAUAAUAGUACGAAGAACAGCAGCGGUAAAUCUUUUUUAUCAUCAUCCGUGCGUCGUCACCAUCAACAACAUCAUCGGCGUCGUCACGACCAAGAAGCGCGACUCCAAACGACGAGGACGAGAGCGCAUCGUCACCACCACACGAGCGCGAGGAGCGAAACGGGCGGAGAGACGGACGUCGCGGUGGGGAGCUGCUGUUUGGAAAUCGAGCGAAUGAAAAUAACCUCCUCCUCCUCCUCCUCUUCGAGGCUGAUGGAGGUUGGAAAAGAAGGAGAAGAAAUAAACGACGAGUCCAUCCCUAGAAGAGAAAUGAGAACAGAGGAUACUACUCGAGGAGGAAGAAGAGGUCAGUUACAAGUCGUUCACGCCAUGGGCCGAGGUGGGCGCGGACGAGGCGGACGUGGGCGAGGCGGCGGGCGCGGGAGGCGUUCGGGCGGCGGGCGCGGGCGCAAGGGUCCGUGGCGAAACCCGAAUCAAGGCCCGCUGAGGAACGAGCAACUUUUGGAUUUCGAGGAGCUGCGCGUUUUAGGCCCGGAGAAAGAAAUGCUCGGGGUUAUGAGCACGGAAGAGGCGUUGGAGAAAGGCGAGGAGUUAGGUUUGGAUUUGGUCAUCGUCAGUCCGGAAGCCGACCCUCCCGUGGCGAAGUUUAUGGACUAUUCCAAGUACAAAUACGAAAAAGAGAAGAAAGACCGCGAGAAGAAACGACAGGCGAAAUUGACGCAAGUGGAGUUGAAAGAAGUGAAAAUGCGAUAUAACAUCGACACGCACGAUUACGACGUUCGAUUGCGAUCCUCGCAGAAGUUUUUAAGCAACGGGGACAAAGUGAAAGUGAUUUGCCAGUUUCGCGGGCGGGAGAAUGAUUUUCGACACAUCGGGAGAGAGAUGUUCGACCGAUUUAUGGAAGAUAUCGAAGAGUAUGGAACUUUAGAGAAGCAACCCGGUAUGGAAGGUAACGCGAUGACAAUGUAUAUUGUGCCGAGAGUGACUAAAGAGCAGGUGAAUAAGAAGUACGAACAGGAGAAGAAGAUGAAGAAUAAACGCGACAGAGCGGAGGAGGAAGAAGAAGAAGAAGAAGAAGAAGAAGAAGAAGAAGAGGAGUACGAAGAAGAGUACGAAGAAGAAGAAGUCGAAGUGUAG